AUGUCUGCACCGAUCAUUGUCUCGCUCCUGGGGGUUGCGAGUGCAGCUGCAGCAGCCGCUUCCUCACUGCACCCCCGACUGCAAGAUGGAUUGGCCCAAACGCCACCAAUGGGAUGGAACACCUACAAUCACUACAACUGCUACCCGAACGAGACGAUUGUGCGGACCAACGCCCAGGCGCUGGUGGAAUUAGGGCUCGACAAGCUGGGCUACCGCUACGUGACCACCGACUGCGGCUGGUCAGUGGCGGACCGGCUGCCCGAUGGGAGUUUGACGUGGAAUGCGACCUUAUUUCCGCAGGGGUUCCCCGCGCUGGGGGAGUAUCUCCAUGAAUUAGGGCUAUUGUUCGGGGUGUAUGGGGACGCGGGGAUCUUGUUGUGUGGGAGUCCGCCCAAUAAUACGGGCAAUUUGUAUGACAACUGCUACUCCGACGCCGCCACCAAUUACCCCGACGUCAACUACGCGCCCACCACCUCCCCGGCCCCGCACUACGCCACCAUGUCCCGCGCGCUGGCCGCCCUCAACCGCACCGUCCUCUUCCAGAUCUGCGACUGGGGCGUCGACUUCCCUGCGCGGUGGGCGCCCGCGCUGGGCCACACCUGGCGGAUCGGCAACGACAUCCUCCCCGCGUGGCGCAGCAUCUACCGGAUCAUCAACCAAGCGGCGCCGCAGACGGACGUCGCGGGCCCCGGGCAGUGGCCGGACCUCGACAUGCUGGAGGUGGGGAACGGGGUGCUGUCGGUCGCGGAGGAGCAGACCCACUUCUCGCUGUGGGGGAUCCUCAAAAGCCCGCUGGUCAUCGGGGCGGCGCUGCGGGAGGCGAGCGAGGCGUCGCUGGCGGUGCUGAUGCAGGCGGACGUGAUUGCGUUUAACCAGGAUCGUCUGGGGAAGAGCGCACGGCUGCGGCGGAGGUGGUCGGAGGCAGGCUAUGAGGUGUGGAGUGGGCCGUUGGCCGGGGGGAGGACGGUGGCGGCGCUGGUGAAUUGGUGGAAUGAGUCGCGGGCGUUAACGCUCGAGCUGCCGGAUAUCGGGCUACAAUUUGCGGGGAACGUGAGGAAUGUGUGGGCAGAGGGGAGCAGCGUGGCGGAUGAGGGGGUCAGGACGCGGUAUACGGCGACGGUCCCGGGGCAUGGGACGAUGUUGCUGGAGUUGGGGGCGACGCAGCCGCGCGGGGAGUAUCGGAGGGAGUGGUUCGCGGAGACGAAAGGCAACUCCACCACCUUCUCCCCCAUCUACGCCCUCACCACCAGCAACAACUACACUCUCACGCUCACCCUCGCCCGCCCGGUGUCCACUGCCACCGCCAUCCGCAUCGACACAGGGAACAACAGCAUGGCAACCACCCUGACCAUCCCCAGCCAAACCACAACCCUCACCACUCCCAUCGUCCUCGACGUGGCAACCACAGCCCUCACCAUCCACCACCCCUCCCAACUCAAUAUAACCACGAUCCACCUCACCCCCCCAACCGGCACCUACCACCCUUCCACCACCUUCACCCUCUCCGGCUCAGCAACCCUAACCCCCUGCGCCGAGGGCUUCUGUCUCCCCGUCGGCAGCAAAAUCGGCUACCUCUCCGAGACCGGCCUCGCCACGCACACCAUCGCCGUGUCAACCGGGGGAACGAAAUACGUGGAACUGGAUUACAUCAACAACGACAUCGCCUUCGAGUCCGCCUGGGAGGAGGGGCGGAAUGCAAGGAAUCUGACGAUUAGUGUGAAUGGGGGGGUGCCCGUCAGGCUGGAGGUGCCGUUGAGUGGACGCCAUAGUGAGUUGUUUGGGCCGGGGUUGGGGUGGUGGGAUACGGCGACGCUGGGGGUGAGUGUCGAUGGGUGGAAAGAGGGGGCAAAUGAGGUUGUCGUGGGGAAUGUCGGGGGUGCGGAGGGGGUGGUGAGUUGGGGGGCGGAUUUCGUGGGGAUGAGGGUUUUUGAUUAG